AUGAAGUUGGUUCGUUUUCUGAUGAAGCUGAUCCAUGAAUCAGUAACCAUUGAAUUGAAAAAUGGAACGUUGGUGCAGGGUGGAAUCAUUGGCGUAGAUGUAGCUAUGAAUAUGCACCUUCGCUCUGUGAAGAUGGCUUUGAAGAAUAAGGACCCUAUCAAUCUUGACUCGCUUUCCAUUCGUGGUAAGUUAGAUAUCACUGAUAUAUAA